UUCCACGCUGCAAUUGUUUUCGUUCCAGCACAACGAUCUCAGAUCAGGUCACUUGCUAUGCAAGUACAUCUCCGUAAAGUUGAUAUCGGUUGUGAUCACGUGACAAGGUACCCGGAUGUAAUCAUUAGCGCCGCCGCCAUAUUCAAAUCCCAAUUAUUUAUUUUUUCCCCUCAAAAGAGAUGAAAAUUGCUUUUCCUUCUUUAUCCGAUUUACCUCUGACAUGUUUGCGAGUCACUUUAAUGCGAUGUAAAUCUGUAGAUUUGCAUCCACUUUUAGAAAGAUGGAAUUAUUUACCAAGUUCCGUCCUUCUCAACUGGAAAACUCUUCCUCACGGAAUGAAAUCUCUGAUUGUUUCGGAAGUUAUGAAACUUUGUCAGCAAAUGCAAAUUAAGUUAGAAGAUGCUGCCUUAUUAGAUUUGAUGUAUCACCAAAUGAAUGGAACAGGCACUUGGAAAGUUUAUAAAAUGGUUGAAGAACUUGACAAGGACAAGGUCCUAAAUGCUGAUAGCCUGCAACAAUCACUUUACCAAAGCCUUUCCAAGUUGUAUAAUACUAGUGUUACUGUGAACAUCUUUGAUGGAGCUUUGUGGUGUAGAAUUAUGAUUACUGAGUACAAUUCUAGCAGAAAUAUGUAUCAGUUGAAUAUAUCGUUUUUAGUUUAUUAUCCAACAUUACCAAUAAUCAUAGUGAAAUACCUUAAAGAUCCCCUCCUUGGCGUUGUGAUGGAGGAAAUUUUGGAUUUUAUGGGAUUUUCUGAUUACAAAAGAAUGCAGUUAAGUGGCAAGGAUGUCAGUUCAUUGGCUACAAUGGCUUUGAAUAACUUUUCUAAGACAAAAUCAUCUGUACUUUUGAAGCACCGCAAAAAAAGAAAAGUAACUGACAUAUGGGAAGGUGAUGACAGAAUUGUUUCUGAGCAGAAAAAUCAUAAAGAAAGAAAAGAAGAAAUAAUAGAAACCUUCCUUGGUCAAGAAGAAGUACCAAUUUUAGAAAAUAUUAAUAUUUCAAUGAGAUAUCCAAAUGAUGAUAAAUUUCGUGGAUUCAACAGCAAAGUUCAGUUAUCUGGUCCCCAUGUUCUGGAAGGCUUGCGUGAUAUGAUCGAAACAGAAAAAAUUCAACACACACUUCCUGCUUACCUAUCACAGCUGCUAAUUCUUGGAAGAGACCAUAUAAUUUUAGGAUGCAGCUAAUAAAGAUGUUUGUAGCUAUAAAACUAUUAAACACACGCACACAUACACGUACUUAUAAAAAAUGCAUGUAUACAUAUAUACAUGUGUGUGUGUGUCUGUCUGUGGGUAGAUUGGUUUGUGUAUUUCUACAUACACAUGUAUGUAUGUAUCUGUGUGCAUGUGUAUAUAAGUAUGUGUAGGUGAGUAUGUAUCUAUGUAUCAUCAUCAUUUUAACAUCUACUUUCUCUUGCUCGCAUGGGUUGGAUAGUGUUUAUUGAAGCAGAACUUCUACAUCUGGAUACUCUUUCUCACCUGUUUCCAAGUCAAGUAAUAUUUCCCCAUAGCCAAACGUGUUUUUAGCAUAAUGUUGGAAAUGAAUGUCAUUCAUUUACAACAAUCAUGCAAUAUCAAGACAAGGAGACACACACACACACACACACACACAGAAGGAUUUGGUUGACCUAGGACUAUAGCUGGAGACACUUGCCUAAGGUGCCUUACAGUGGGACUGAGUCCCAAACUCUAUGAUUGGGAAACAAACUUCUUAGACACACCUGUGUAUAUGUGUGUGUGUGUAUUUUUGUUCAUUCACUUAAAAAAUGAAAUCUU